AUGCCAACUUGGAAUCAAAUUCAAUCUCAGCUUCGAAACCCAAACAAUCCGGUUGUAUUUUUUGAUAUAACUGUUGGAACUACGGAAAUAGGGCGCAUGAUUUUUGAAUUGUUUGCGGAUGUAGUGCCCAAAACAAGCGAAAACUUCAGAGAAUUCUGUACAGGAGAGUACAGAAGAGAUGGUGUGCCACUUGGUUAUAAAGGAGCUACAUUCCACAGAGUCAUAAAGGACUUCAUGAUUCAAGGUGGUGACUUUGUCAAUGGUGAUGGUACUGGUGUUAUGAGCAUUUAUGGAGGGAGCACAUUUGCAGAUGAAAACUUUGUAUUAAAACAUGAUUCCCCAGGAUUACUGUCAAUGGCUAAUAGUGGUAAAGAUACUAAUGGCUGUCAAUUCUUCAUAACAUGUGCUAAGUGUAACUUUUUAGACAAUAAGCAUGUAGUGUUUGGGAGAGUUAUAGACGGACUACUUGUUAUGAGGAAAAUAGAAAAUGUCCCUACUGGACCUAACAAUAAACCAAAAAUACCAGUAACAAUAUCACAGUGUGGACAAAUGUAA